AUGAUACAUAACUACUUUCCAGGCGGAGGUGGUGGAUUAUACGGAGGAGGUCUUGGAGCAGGUGGUUCUGGUUUUGUUUAUUCUGAGGACAGAUUGACCACUGAAAUUGAUCCUUUGCCUGCAUCAAUUAGAGUUGAAAAUUCUGAAUUAAAAUUUGCAAAUAAUAGAGGUCAUGGCUAUGCUAUCAUUACGUCAUUAUCUCCUUCAGAAUGCAAGUGCGUUCAAAAAUGCUUUUGUUCGAAUGAACGCUUGCUUCUCAGGAAUGUUCAUGCAGUUCCAUUCAUGUAUAGUUAUUUGUUUAAAUCAUAA